AUGAUGAGUAUUAAUUAUUACCAUGUAUUAGGAUUGAAAAGAACUUGUUCGAAAUUUGAUGUAAUAAAAGCGUAAGUAAGCGAUUACAAUAAUGUAUAAUGUGUACGUUACAAAGUGUUUUAAAUCAAAAUAUGUAAAUAUCUUAAAAAUAUUAACAUCUUGAACCUUAACCAUAUAUGUUUGUGGUUGUUUUAACAUGUCUUAAUUCUUUUCCCGUGGAAUUUUUCAAUUUUUUAAUUUUUGUCCUCUAAUUUCAUAUUAAUUAAAACACAUAGUGAGAUUUAAAUCGAUUUUUUUUUUUUAAUAAAUAUAUACAGAUUUCAAGAAAUUGUUCACAAAUUCGGUAUGGAUGAAAAAUUAAACGACGAAGACAACGAACGUAGACUUAUUGCAUUCGAGGCAUAUGACGUUAUAAGCAAUCCGUUUUGGCGUGAAUUGUACGACAGAUACGGUGAUAUCGCGAUUAAAAUGGGUGUGUUUGUCGAUAGCACGAGUAAACAUAAACAAGAAAUGAAACAAUAUUCGUACCAUGGUGAUAUAUUUUUAACGUACAAGUGAGCACAAGUUACCACCAUUCCUAUACCCAAAAUAAUCCUAUUUGAAAAUUCUUAGCUUAGUACUUACUAACAAGGGUGGAUCCAUUGGGUAACACUUGGGAAAAGUGCCACCAACAUUACCAAAAAAAAAAGUACUUUAUUUACAAUGAUUUUAUAACAGGUAUAUCGUGUAUCACAUAUCAUGUAUAUUAUAAUAUCAUCAAUGUUCGGUACAAUACCAACGUUGAAAUAUAUAUAUACAUUUUGUAUAAACGACAUUUUUGAUUGCUGAAAAGGAUAAAAUAAAAUGUAAAUGGUAGGAACAAAUUCAGUUUGGAACUAAUUCACAUUUUUCAUGUUUUUUCUACAAAACUUGUCUUUUAACGUUUGUUAUUUUAUUCAAAUUGCGUCCUUAUUUUGUUAAUUUUAUCAAAAUCUUUGUGGAUUUCGCAACCAAAAUUGAGCAAUUUCCUAACUUGACCUUUAAAUGCGGAAUCAAAAACCACACAGUUCGAAAAAAAAAAUUGAAAAUUAUCGUCUAGUCCCAUAAUUGUGCACAUGUGAAGUGCUCUAACCGUAAAAAGAUAGAAUACUGGAUCUGCCCUUAUCCUACAGGUAUAAAUAUUGAAUACCAUUAAACUUUUUACUUAAGUAUUUAUAAGUUAUAACAGACAUGAAAUGUUACAAUUUAAAAUUAAUUUCUAUGCAUUUUUUUUUUUUUUUAUAAAAUAUCAUUAUAAAUCACUAAAAUCGUAGAUUGUAUAACAGCUCAUUUAUACUAUUUUUUUUUUUUAUUAAGAUCCGUCUAUGGAUCUACAAAUCCAUACGCUCAUAUAAUGGCCAUGCUUUCACAUACAUGUCCUCCGAUUGACUUAGAUAAACCGAUCGUCAAAAAGAUUCCAGUAUAUUUGACAUUAAACGAAGUGAGUGAAAACGUCUUGUGUUUUUAUUGACCGAAUAUACUUACAUAUUAUUUAGUAUAAUUAUAAAUUGCGUAGAUAUUUUUCGGAACGUUGAAAAAAAUCAACGUCCCUGAUAGCGACGGAACACAACGCAUUGUAAACGUAAAAAUAUCGAAGGGUUUACCUGUCAACAGUGAGAUUGUUAAGGAUUUCCCCGACGGAAGAUCAGUAGGUAAGCAAGUUAAAUAACAAUAAUGCAUCAUAUGUAGAUACCUAUAUAUUAUAUAAAAUGUCUACAAAAGAAAUGUACAAUCCAGUUUCAUACCGAUGUUAUGUUUUAUACGAUUUUCAAUUUGUUGGUAACUAUAGUUUUUAUAACCUAUGAUUUGCCGCAUAAACAAUUUGUAAGGAACGGGCGCAAUUUGAUAACCACAUACAUCGUGACGAUCAAAGAAAUGAUAUGCGGUGUUCGGUGUGUGGUAAAAACUUUGGAUAACAAACGACUGACGGUUAAUAUCACCCAAGUAAUAACGUACGUAUUUGUUUUAUAAAAAGUUUAAAAAUAUAGUAAUGCAUAUUACGUAAAAAAUUUAAAUAAUAAAUGUUUAUUGCCGAUAAAAAGUAUUAUAGGUACCUCCUAUACCUGUAAUACUUUUUAUCUUUUUAUAUCAAAAUAGUCUUGAAUGGGAGAUGGGCGUAAAAAAAUUCGUCCAAAGGCAAAAAUAAAGCUAUAAAUAACACUCAUCUGCAGUUUCCCAUAUAAAAAUAAUUGCAGGUUUAACCUACUAAUAAAAUGGUAUCUAUAUAUAUGUAUGUAAUAUAUACAUUACUAAAAACAUUAAUUUUUUAUUAAAAUCCACAUCUUAGUUUAAUUGAAAAAAGCCUGGUAGUAUCUAUUAUUAUUAUUUUACGAUAAAAUAUAACAGCGGAUAAAAAAAGCACUUGUAAAAGAUAAAUUAACUAAUUCUAAACACAUACCUAACAAAAACGUAUAACACCUAUAGUAAUAUUAUAAAUAUUAGUAAUUUCUUCACCAUCACAAUGAACUAAUAUUAAAUUUAAGUAGGUGCCUAUCUAUUAUAAGUUAACCAAUUCAUACCUUUCAAAAAUAUACCUCACGCAAGAGGUGGCAAAUACAUAUUAGGUACCUAAUAAUUAGCAUUUUGAUAAUUAUAAUUUCAAAUUGGUAUACCUAUAACUAUUUUAUACCUUUCUGUUACCUAUUUGAUAAUAAUAACAAAAUAUUAACAUUGGUAUAUUUAUACGUUGUUAUUUAACGUGUUUUGAUGAAGACAAGUAUGCGUAUGUCCUUCGUGUUGAUUUAUUAUACAAAAUAAUAAUUUACCCAUAAUAUACGAAAUUACGACAACUUUUACACGACUGUAUAUUACAAUCAUUAUUUCGGUUGGUUCUAAAUUAUUAUUUUCCGAUUAUACAUAAUAAAUAUGCGUCAGUUUAGAUGAAUAUGAAUACUUUCUAAUAGUUACUUAAGAGGACUGCACGCCCGUAUUUACUAUCUCUGUCUAUCAUUAAUGCGGAAUCAUAGCAAAAAUGACAUUCUUUAAAAGGAAAACAUUUUUGACGGCUCCGCUCAGAAUCUAAAACAUGUAAUAUUGUAAUAGCGACAAUUUGACUUUAGUGUAACGAAGCUUUGCUGCUUAUGUGUUAUUAUAUGAAAUAUAAAGAUAUACAAAUUAUAAUUAGAACCUAGGAUAACAAUUUAUUUUUUUUAUAUUAGAGAAAAAUGGUCUAAAAAUGGUUGAUACAUAUAUAUUUUUUAUUUUGUUAAAGAGGGAAAUAGACGGCGGAGAAAAAUAUUAUUUCAUUUUUGGAAGAAAAUUACUACUAAAAUUAAUAUCACAUUAUAUUAUUGCGUUAUUUUCAGUAGUCUUAUUGUACUAAUAAAACUAUUAUAUUUUACAACAUUUAUACAGGCCGACAUAUGAGAAAACGAUACGAAAUGAAGGAAUGCCUGCAUUUCAUCAAGAAAAUAACAGCGACGGUGAUAAUAAAAGAGGCGAUCUAAUAUUGAAAUUUAAAAUUACAAUGCCACGAUAUUUUGUCUUGAAUAACGACGACGAAUUACGUAAAGCAUUAUCGGAAACAUGUUAUUAA